CAUCACCAUCUUCUCUGCAACGCCACCCUCCAAACAAAUGGCCAUAUCCACCAUCCUGAACCCUGAAGCUCAGGAGUUCAUCCCCCAGAACAGCUCCCUCCUUCUCCAAUCUCACCCUCCUCCCUUCACUUACACCAACCUUGUCCUCCCUCCCUCAACCCCCAUGAUCAGCUUCUACAGCUCACCACCACCACCACCACCACCACCACAACCUUCGCCGUACUUCGCCUCCUCCACCCACUGCUACUACCAGUACCAAUACUACUCUACCCUCCCUCAACCCCUCUUAGACCCUGAACAGCACCGUUUCUCCGUCAGCUACUCCGACUUCCAUCCGCCGCCACCACCACCCCCAUCGAACCCUUCCAAGCGAUGGAUCCGCGCCCAAAUCAGCGUGGAGUUGGAGCCGGGACUAGGAGACCAGAAGCUGGCCGCAGGCCACCAUCCCCGAGGCGGAGGACGUGGGAGGGGGCCCUGCAGUGGCCGGCGCUCUCCGCCGCGGCGCCACGGCGGUGGGGGAGGAGGACGAGGAGGGAAUUUGGGGUCUCGCGGGAGGCGAUUGGCGUGGAAGGAGGAGCUCUCGUCGCUGGGCGUCGUUAACAACACCAGUAGCGAAGAGGAGUACUGUUACAGCGUCGACACGACGACCAAUAUUCACAAGUACGCGAGGAUCGUGGAGCCCCGAGAGAUGGUGGGGAAGAGGAAGAAGCCGGUGUUGCCGGUCGACGAGGGCGGCGAUCGCACCACCGUCAUGAUCAGGAACAUCCCCAACAAGUACACUCGUGAAUUGCUGGUCGAUUUCUUGGACAAGCACUGCCAAAUGGAGAACCAGAAGGCGGAGGCUGAGGGCGACGAUGCUGUCAUUUCCGCUUACGAUUUUGUCUACUUGCCUCUUGAUCUUAGGAGGAAGGCAAAUCUGGGGUACGCGUUCGUGAACUUCACCAGUCCGAGAGCGGUGUGGAAGUUCAAAGUCGCCACCAAUAAUCAGAGAUGGGAGCUAUUCUACUCCAGCAAAAUCCGUCAGAUCGCUACCGCCAAAUACCAGGGAAAAGAGGCGCUGAUGAGGCAUUUCGAGAACACAGUGUUUGCAUGCGACUCCGAUGACUUCCUGCCCAUCACGUUCAGCCCGCCACGCGACGGUUCGGGCAAGGCGGUGACCCAAGAGGUCGUAGGCGGGCGCAUUGCUCCUAGACGCGCCGAGGCGCAGCUCAAUAAGACGGACCGUUUCUAAACAUGAACCCUGCUCUUUUUUGGCUAGAUCUUGCCGGUGGCAAAAUUAGCAAGAAUAUGUGACUGAUGUGACAAGCUCUUUCUAUGCCAGUUUCAUCAUCAUGAGCUGAACGAGAAAAGAUUGUGUUCAGUCUGAGAACCUUACAUUUUGUCCCUGCUUCGUUUUUGGGGGCGUAGGGGUUUUUCUAGUUGGUGGAUGAAAAUGUGAGGUAUUAGGGUUUUGUAUAAUCACGAGAAUAAACCGUGUAUGGAGGUGGAGCGUGGCACCUGGACCCCCACACAGAUGAUGACGGGGGCAGGUGGUGGGGUCCACCUUCUAGAGGAUCAUGAUCUCAUUAGGUUAGGUCUUUACUUCAUUUUCCUCACAAGAUAUGUAAUGAUCU